AAAGUAAUUAUAGUGGGACUGGAUAACGCGGGGAAAACCACCAUUCUUUAUCAGUUCUUAAUGAAUGAAGUGGUUCAUACAUCUCCAACCAUAGGAAGCAAUGUUGAAGAAAUCGUUGUGAAGAACACACAUUUCCUUAUGUGGGAUAUUGGUGGCCAAGAGUCACUGCGGUCAUCCUGGAACACGUAUUACUCAAACACAGAGUUCAUCAUUCUUGUUGUUGAUAGCAUUGACAGGGAACGACUAGCUAUUACGAAAGAAGAAUUAUACAGAAUGUUGGCUCAUGAGGAUUUGCGGAAGGCUGCACUCCUUAUCUUUGCAAAUAAACAGGAUAUGAAAGGGUGUAUGACAGCAGCUGAGAUCUCUAAAUACCUCACCCUUAGUUCUAUUAAGGAUCACCCGUGGCACAUUCAGUCCUGCUGUGCUUUAACAGGCGAGGGAUUAUGUCAAGGUCUAGAGUGGAUGACCUCCCGGAUUGGUGUGAGAUAA